AUGGCACCAAGCGCCAUUCUCCCGGAGAUUAGAGACGUCGCCCAGCCGAAGAAGGACACCCUCCCUCUCCCGGCGUCGGCCCGUGCCAGGCUUGAGAAGGCCGGAAUCGAUCUCUCAGGGGGGUAUCCGUACCGUCCCGCCCGGCCGCUGUACCUUGACGACGCAUACAACAUUCGCAGUGCAGACCGGCCAUUUGUGGACCCCGGCAGCCGAGCCGACAAAGAAAAGAAAGCACUCCUAGGUGCCGCCAAGGAGGUUAUCCACUUGACAAGGCACAUCGGCACUGAGAUCGUCGGCCUGCAGCUGAAGGACUUGACAGACCAGCAGAAAGAUGAACUGGCACUUUUGAUUGCAGAGCGUAGUGUGGUGUUCUUCCGCGACCAGGACCUAACUCCUCAGCAACAGAAGGCACUAGGUGACUAUUAUGGUGAGGUGGAGGUGCAUCCACAAGUCCCACAAGUUCCUGGAGUUCUUGGAGUGACCGUCAUCUGGCCAGCUCUACAAGCCACUGAACGUGAGGCGAACUUCCGACAGCCCGGCGGCGCCUCACGCUGGCAUACCGACCUAGUCCACGAAGCUCAGCCAGCAGGUAUCACACAUCUGCACAACGAUACCGUGCCAACUCUGGGCGGUGAUACGCUUUGGGCUAGCGGUUACUCGGCAUACGAGAAGCUGAGCCCUGCUUUCCGCAAAAUCAUCGAUGGCAAGACGGCGAUAUACCGCUCUGCACACACCUACCUCGACCGCAACAACAAGGAGGCCGGACCCAAAUAUAUCGAGAGAGAGCACCCAUUGGUCCGAGUCCACCCGGCUACAGGAUGGAAGGCCUUGUGGGUGAACCGUGCGAUGACAUCGCACAUUGUCGGCUUUGACCGAGCGGAGAGUGAUGCCAUCCUCAACUAUCUGUAUAAGGUCUACGAGGAGAAUGUCGAUAUUCAGGUGCGCUUCAAGUGGACGCCGCGAACCAGCGCACUGUGGGACAAUCGUAUCACCAUUCAUAAUGCUAGUUGGGAUUAUGAGGGCAGUGAACCCCGGCAUGGAACACGGGUCACGGCCCUUGCAGAGAAGCCGUUCUUCAAGGCUGACGCGCCGACAAGGAGACAAGCAUUAGGUAUCCUCUCAGAGAGUGAGAUUUCGGAGUUGAACAAGGCAAGUGCGGAAUAG